AUGAAGAACGAGGCAGCAAAGGAGAACUGGGAAAUAGGUUUCCUUGAGCUAGAGUACCCGGAAAUUUGUUAUACAGGAUUAUCUGAACCUUCUUCUAUUGCAAAACAUGAAGAUAGUUUGCUUAAGGAUUUAUUUCAAGACUACGAAAGAUGGGUUCGUCCUGUGGAACACCUGAAUGACAAAAUAAAAAUAAAGUUUGGACUUGCAAUAUCUCAAUUGGUGGAUGUGGAUGAGAAAAAUCAGUUAAUGACAACGAACGUCUGGUUGAAACAGGUAUGUAUAAAAUUCAAACAGGCACCCAAUUAUGCAGAUGGACGUUUUGAAGGGACCAGUACGAAAACAGUCGUCAGGUACAAUGGCACUGUCACCUGGACUCCACCAGCAAACUACAAAAGUUCCUGUACCAUAGAUGUCACGUUUUUCCCAUUUGACCUGCAGAACUGUUCCAUGAAAUUUGGUUCUUGGACUUACGAUGGAUCACAGGUUGAUAUAAUUCUGGAGGACCAAGAUGUAGACAAGAGAGAUUUUUUUGAUAAUGGAGAAUGGGAAAUUGUGAGUGCAACGGGGAGCAAAGGAAACAGAACCGACAGCUGUUGCUGGUAUCCAUAUGUCACUUACUCAUUUGUAAUCAAGCGCCUGCCUCUCUUUUAUACCUUGUUCCUUAUAAUACCCUGUAUUGGGCUAUCAUUUUUAACUGUACUUGUCUUCUAUCUUCCUUCAAAUGAAGGUGAAAAGAUUUGUCUCUGCACUUCAGUACUUGUGUCUUUGACUGUCUUCCUUCUGGUUAUUGAAGAGAUCAUACCCUCAUCUUCAAAAGUCAUACCUCUGAUUGGAGAGUAUCUGGUAUUUACUAUGAUUUUUGUGACACUGUCAAUUAUGGUAACCGUCUUCGCUAUCAACAUUCAUCAUCGUUCUUCCUCAACACAUAAUGCCAUGGCGCCUUGGGUCCGCAAGAUAUUUCUUCACAAGCUUCCCAAACUGCUUUGCAUGAGAAGUCAUGUAGAUAGGUACUUCACUCAGAAAGAGGAAACUGAGAGUGGUAGUGGACCAGAAUCUUCUAGAAACACAUUGGAAACUGCGCUCGAUUCUAUUCGCUACAUUACAAGACACAUCAUGAAGGAAAAUGAUGUCCGUGAGGUUGUUGAAGAUUGGAAAUUCAUAGCCCAGGUUCUUGAUCGGAUGUUUCUGUGGACUUUUCUUUUCGUUUCAAUUGUUGGAUCUCUUGGGCUUUUUGUUCCUGUUAUUUAUAAAUGGGCAAAUAUAUUGAUACCAGUUCAUAUUGGGAAUGCAAAUAAGUGAAGCCUCCCAACGGACCGAAGUAUACCUUUAGUUAACACACAUAUAUCUUAUGGCACUUAAAAAAUUAUGAAAAUGUAAGUUAUGUGUUAAAUUUGGUGCAAGCUUUAACAGACUAACAGUUGCUAACCUCAACUUAUGUUAACAGAUGAUCCAUUUGAACAGUUGGCUGUAUGACUGAAGUAGUAACUGAUGAGAUAACAUUUGAUCCUCUAAAAAUAGCAGCAAAAUAUUAUCUGAACUGUACUAGUGAAAAAUCUAGUGUUUGUAUCCUGGCAAAUAAUACUAAUUUAUAAUCCACAGUAAAGUUCAUCCUUUGUGCUAGAGAAUUCCAGUUGUAUUUGAAGACUGAUUUUAAAACUUUUCUGCAUCUGGUAAAGGUAUAUAAACUUUCCUGUACUCACUGAGUAACAGCUAAUCUUUAAUAUAUUAUACUGCUAUAUUUAAAAA